CAUGUAGUUACUAUGCGUGGGGCAGCAGGUCGAGGCCGGCGUUGAUCCGCGCCGGCAGGAGGAUGGCCAGCGUCGCGACGAUGGGGAUGACGUGGCCGAUGGCCGUCUUGUCCGAGGCCUCGACCUCCCAGGGGAACUUGAACGCCUGGCCGUACUCGCCGUCGGUGUACGUCUCCCAGGCGCUCAUCUUCUCCUUCUCGCCCGUCGGCUUGCCCGCCUCGGGCGCGACGGGCGCGCGCGGCCUGUGCGGACAUCGAAUCGUUUGGAGCCAUCGACGCGACAGUGUUCCUGCUUCUGCCCGCUGGCGUACGGGUGAUCUCUCGUGGCUCAUUUCCCGCACAGCGCACAGACAUUGUCUUAGGAGGCUGCAAAGCAGUGGCGGUGGCUAAGAGAGCCAAAAGAAACGCGACAGCAGGGCGGCGGCCGGCCAUCAUUUUUUAAAAUUCCUGAUGCCUAUUUACUAACUGCGUGCUUCCGCUGGCGUACGAGUCCUCUUGGAUCCUGAGCUUUGGCUAGUGCCUUACAUCUCUAGGCGAAUACCCACGCACGCAAGAA